AUGCCAUCGUCUGCUUCUCCGUACAAACGCGGUUUGACUUUUCAACCGAAACAUCAGUUAGAGUACGGCCUGCGCAUCACGGCGCGGUCCGGUCCGGAGGGCAAGGCCAGUACCGUCCAUUGCAAAUUCUGUCACUUUUUCGAGCGCGAGCAAGUCGCUGGUAAAAAGCGUCGCACCAUCGAGCAUGAGAAAGUUUUCGUAACGGGGUGUUUCAUCCCGUUCCAGUACCGACAACAUCUAUUGACCCAGCAUCUGACCCGCUGGGAAGCGUACAAGACAUUAUCGAUCAGCGAAAAGAAGGUGUACUUUUGUGCUGAUGAUCCGGACGUUGUUGACUACGAGGACGAGAUGCCAGAAGAAGAAAGAGCGGUAACUUACAACGAUUUAUAUCCGGCCUUGCCGAACGUGGGGAUGGCGGGGACGGAAAACGCGACAGCCAAUCCCGGCGAUGAUGCAUUGCUUCAGGCUUCGAUUGCGGACGAAAAGAAGCGCAAGCGUUUGUUUGAAGUGGGCGCCCUUUCCGUAGAUCAUUACGCCCGCGCCAGGGUCUACCGUCGGCAAAUCGAAGACGAGCGCUUUCGUGGAGGACAUUCCGCUCCGCCUUGGGCGGUGGCAAUGCAAAAUCAGUUGAUCGGAUUGACAAAAAAGUUGGGAAAACGCCUGGAUGCUAUGGAGGAACGUUUAGAAGUAAUCGAAGACGCGUUGCAACAAACAAAUGACGAUUGA